UCAAUUAAGAUUCUUACAGAAUAAUUUUGGCAGUGUCAGCUUUUGAAUGUGUUACCGGCCGUUCUCUUCCGGCCACCCAUCUGGAAAAGAAUCAGAUUCGAGUUUUUGCAUUUCAGAAUUGCGGUGCCGCGCGUCUAAUGGUUUCAGCUGACACGAUUACAUACUCUGCUUUGUCUUCAUCUUCUCUUUGCUGUCAUGGCUUUAGUUUUGGUGUCCUCUGUGUGCCCAUAUCGCCGAUGAUCUCUUCUCGCCACCCGGAAGUCCCGAUAACCUCGCUUUCUCCGCCCUUAAACCGCAAACAUGGUCGGAGAAACGAAGGAGCCGUCUUCGCCCGGCGCCGCUCGCCGCUCGUGCCUCGUCGUCGGGAAUUGCUGCCAUGAUGUUCUGAUCAAAGACGGCGGCGUCAUUGCCGAGUCCCUCGGCGGCGCCGCCUCCUUCAUCUCCGCCGUGCUCGAAGGCUUCAACGUCGCGUGCCACUACGUGUCUAAGGUGGGCCCUGAUUUCGCUUACUCCGUUAGCCACCGCCCGAUUGUUUGCCCUUCCUCGCAAACCACCCUCUUCCACGCCUAUUUCUCGUCUGAAAUCAAGCGCCGGGAUCGGGUUCUCAAGCGGAUCCGGGCGUGCGAAUCGAUCGCCGCGUCGGAUCUCCCCGACUCGGAAUUCGAUUUCGGGUUGGCCGUCGGCGUAGGCGGGGAGAUUCUGCCGGAAACGCUCGAGAAAAUGAUCGGUAUCUGCAAGACGGUGUUCGUCGACAUCCAAGCCCUAAUUCGGAUCUUCGAUCCGACGGACGGAACUGUGGAUCACGUCGAUCUGAAGCAAACCGGAUUCUUCCAUUUACUACCUAGAAUAGGGUUUUUGAAGGCGUCGUCGGACGAGGCGCCGUAUGUGGACGUAGAGGAGGCGAGAAAACGGUGUCGUAUAUUGGUGACCAACGGAAACGAGGGCUGCACGGUGGUUACCGAAAACACAGAGCUAAAGAUCGCACCUUUUCCAACGAUUCAAGUGGAUCCGACCGGAGCCGGGGACAGCUUUCUGGCCGGAUUAGUAGCCGGAAUUGCUCAUGGAUUAACCCUGCCUGAUUCUGCAUUGCUGGGGAACUUCUUCGGAUCGCUGACAGUCAGGCAAAUGGGGCAUUCCAAAUUUGAUUCUCAGCUUUUACAGAGAGUGAAGGCAGAAGUGGAGAGGAGGAGGGUGCACCAUUUCGGCAGCCAUGAAAAGCGGGAUGAUGAUGGUGACAGCCAUGAAAGGCGGGAUGAUGAUGAUGACGACAAUGACGAUGAUGAUUUUUUUAAAGGUCUUGAUGCAGUGAGAACAGUAAUGGCUCCAUACUGUCUCCAGGAAUGGCCAAACUCUCCCAGAUCAAAGUGCAGUGAUCAGGAGAGAUUACUGCUUCAUUCUGUCUGUGAAGAACCCCCCAUUAAUUCGGUUCAAAAUAAACAGUGAUUUUAGGAGUUUUUUUUCCCACACCCAUGAAAUGUCAUUCGAAUAAAUAGAGAUUUAGACUUU